CCUUUAUUUUCUCCCACACGUUCCUACAUGUAGAAACUCCGAGCCGCUUCCACCAUGCAGGAAGUUUCUUUUGUCCUUUUCAGUCAACAACAACAAGCCCGUCCGAGUCGCUUCAGUCGGCCUAUUUAAACCGAGACAAGGCGUGACCGAAUCCGAACUUGAUCCGUAAUGAUGUGUCGCAUGUUGUUGCACAUUUUUGUGUGAUUCUUGUUGCUUGUAUCCUUUGGCCGCUCGAUUUAUCGACAGUUGGGUGUGUUACAGCACAAUCCAGCGACCACUGAGCCUGAAUGUCCCGAUGGCUGCAAAAUUCUCCAUCUCCGACAGUGACUCUGAGACCUCUGAGGUAGUAGAAGAGGGCGAUAAGAAGCAGUCACAUGUCAGACCAGACCAGCUCCUUCCUGGAGACCUCACUUUUCCUGAGCACAGGACGGCAGGUCGCAUCCGCGUAAACUCAGAAUCCCAUGCCUCCUCGCUCUCCAGAGAUGAGGAGCUCCAGGGUCGUGGGGAGGAAGAGGCUGGUACACCCACUGAAGGCGCAGGAUUUCGAGGCCGCUCAAAAUCGGCACCACCUGCUUUCUGGGCAGCUAAGAAGUACGGCCGACAGCUGCGAAGGAUGAGUGACGAGUUUGACAGCCUGCUGGACAAAGGGGAAAUGAAGCGGGUGAAAAGCGGUGCAUCAUCUCGACCCAUCCAUCACUCAAAGACCUGGUGGAGUUAUCUGUUUAGUCACCAGGAAACGGAGGGAGAGAAUAAUCUCCAUGACAACCACACUCAUCGUAACGAGUAACAGUUUUGUGGGGCCAAAAGUUUUGCAAAAAAGGGGGGGCCAGAUUAAAGUGUUGCAUUAAAGAACAUGAAAAGCUCACAGAAACUGUGGUGAUGAAAAGAUUCGCAUGUGAUGUUUGUGUUGGUUAUAAUCUCAAUUUUUGUUGUUGAAAUCUAAAGUACAAUAGGUUUACAUUUGCUUCUCCCUGUCAACAGAGAUUAAACUAUGCUUAGAAUAUGAUAUAUUAAAAUAUGUAUGGACAUAUUCACAUGACGUAUAAGAUCAAAACUCACUUUUCUAGCACAAAAACAUAUACUUGUGAAUACUUGACUCUUCAGGGAAAAAUCAAUGAACCACUCAUCUGUUAAGCCUAUUUUUCGGCUCCUGAUCUGCUCAUGAACCACUGUCAACUUCCUACUUUAAAAGCAGAACAAUCUUGUACCAGACAAUCACUGACAACACAAAGGUAAAAAGUGAAAGAAAACUUUAUGAAACACAAACAAGCACAAACUCAGAUUAACUUUAUCUUUUUAAACCUUCAAUAAACAGAAGAAAAUAUUAUAAACCUGGAGUUUUUAUCUGUAAAUACUCUUUAUCGGAUGGAUGAAGGAGAGGGAGGAAAGUGGGGUGGGCUUACACUGGUUUUUAUUUGAUAAAGUGAAGUUGAAAUGCAAUAGGCACUGAACAAUCUGUCAUGUGGUCUUGAACAACAAAAGUUGUGUAAAGUUUGUAGCCGUCGGUUUUUCGCAACUGUUUUAUAACCUUUUAUACAAUCAAUAUUCACUGUAUUAUUUUAUGGUGUUAAUUAGGCAUUGAAGCAAAUGCUGAUGAUAGAAAUGGAAUAUGACAAAAUACCUAAGUAAUCGCUUUGCCGCAGGACACUGUCUUAAGCUUAUUGCAUGGUUUAGGGAUCAAACCUGUUGGUUUACCGUUGUGCUCAGAAGUGCCGCCUAUACAAUCGCAAAUCUCUUUUUCAUUUAUCGACUUUUACUUAAUAGAAGAGCAUCUCAGUUUUGAGUGUGGUUUGUUAACUUCAUAAAAAUAAGACAAUUCAGAUGAAGACAAUCUGUCAAAGAUUAGACAGUGAAUCAGAACCACCCACCUUAAAUGGCUGCAAUAUUUAUUUAUUUUCACUAAGGUUUUUUUUUAUUUCCCCUCAAUAUUUGAUUUUGUGUAAGAACUUUGACUCCAGGUGGGAGUGAAUCAUUUUGGACGAUUUACUGAUGCUAUCCAGUGACAUGAUGUAAUCCAGCAUCAAUGUGCAGUACACUUGCAAGUGCAGCGCCUUAAACUGUCAAGAUGAUCACACUACAUAGAACUCAGAAACUGGCAACAGUCCACCAGUCAACUGAUCCAAUAUACCUGCAACAAAACUUACUUGAAAAGAAGUGUGCUUGAGACAGACUGUGCAGCGGAAUUGUAAUACCUUCAUCUUUUGUAAUGAUUUUUGUACAUUUUCUCAAUGACUGUGAAACUUUUGGUUGUUCUGAAUAAAAAUAUAUUUGAA